AUGGUAGUCUUCCCAGUACUUCCCAGUUAUUAUGUCUUCGCAUUGGGGAUCUUUGCUGCUUUUCCAAGUCGUUCUAAAGGUAAAACGUUUCCUUCUAUUGCAGACCAUGUUGUUAAUAAACAAGUUCAUUAGGAACAUAUUUGAAGUUCAUUCCUCAAGCUAACAUAUUUGUGUCCUCCUUUCUCUUGAAAAGCUUUCAGCCAAGGGUCGAUCGGUGGCCUGUUUUAUGUCAACUUCAUGAUCGAUCAAUUUUCCUACCUGAGUAUCACAAGUAUUGGACGGAGCCUUAUUGAAGACGAAAACGAUUGUGGCUACGCCUGUCUAGAAAUUCCUUCGUGUUUUUCUUACAACGUUGCUGCCUUCCCUGACGUCAACAGGAAAUUGCUGUGCGAACUCCUGCCAUCUGAUAAGUAUAACAACUCAGACAAGUUCAACGCCAGUAAAGAGUUUCAUCACUUCUUUAUUCCGGUGAGUGAAACUUCUAAGUUUGACCCUCCACGAAAUUUCAGGGAAUAAGGUGAUGUACGGACACAGUAAAAUGACACGCUAAUCAACAGGGAGUGUGCAAAAUGACACGUUAGCGUGCGAGUAGUGUGCCAUCAGGCACGUUUAAUUAACAUUUUCGUUUUGGGUAAACACAGAGAAUCGUGUCCUAUGAAACAACGCAGUGCUGGCUGAGCUAAAUGACACGCUAGUAAGCAUAAUGACACGCUAAUGAACAAAAUGGCACGCUAGCUAGUGUGCAAAAUGACACGUUAAACACCAGCCGUGUCUACUGUUUUCAACUUACCGAGUUGUCGCACAGUGCGGUGUCCGUUUUGUCUGUAAGCCAAGAUAUAGUUCAAGUAAAAUAGAAUGAACCCACACACGCGACCGACAAAUGUGCCUUCGUAAUCUGCCACACGCCGAAAAACGAACCAAAAUUUCGAUCGUGAAUUUUUCCAUGAAUUCAGUUUCCCGUUCUGAGUUUCCAGAAACCAGUAAUUUCGAAUAAUCAGCACUCGAAAGGAUUUCGAGAAAACUAUUUAGUUCUCGAGAAAAAUAUCACAACCCUUCGCGCGUACAGCGAUUUGCACCUGCCGACAGCGCUUUAUACAAGUAAGAUUUAAACGAAGUUGAGUUAAAGUUUUGAGGCGAUAAAAAAGGACCAACAUAAUUUUUUUUUUUUUUUUACUUUGAAUUUUGGAAAUUGACUUUAUAUUUUUGUAUUAAGUCUAUCUCGGACGUCAUGGAGGCGAAUUUCAAGGCAAGUGCUUCCUUGUUUACUUAAGCAGCGAAAAGUCUUUCCCUACGCUCGACGAGCACACGUUUUACGAUUUUGUUUCAAGAAAGUAGAAUGAGUAGGGAAUUUUGUCGUUCGUUCAUUGGAAGUAUAGGUUUUAGGCGCCCGUCCGUGCUCCCUGUUUAAAAAUUUAGCCGCCCGCGAGCAAAUCGUAGGCGGCAAGUUUGUUUGCCUCCAGUGAGCCCGAAAAUCACACUAGAAAAGGAAAAGAAAAAGAUGGAAACAGGAGGAGAAAGAAAGGAGGGAAAGAAAAAAAAAGCAAUGGCUGCAUUCUUAGUUUUUAAGUUAAGUUCUUUGAAGAUAGCAUUUGAAAGAGAAAAAACGGCCUGAUGGGAGAGAUAUAUUUUGGCUGUCAAGUUAUGAUUACCCAUUCAGCUAGGCAGAAAUCUGAUAAACAAAAUAAUACAUUUAACAUGUCACAGCUAAUAGUUAAGUAACGGCUUUCGUUUUUUUUUUUUUGGUUUUAAGAUUUAAAGCCUUACGACUAAAUUUGUCGGAAUUUUAAAGCUAACAGUUCUCUCUAUUACUUUGGUUUUCCUUCAGUGGAGAUGGUCUUCCUGUGCAAUAGUCAACUGUGUUUAAUAUUUAUUAUUUUUGAAAAACCAUGGCGAGCUUAGACCCCUUAGCUUCACAGGCAGAUUUUGCAGCGGUCCAGCUCAAACUCUUUGACGAGAAUUGGUAGCAGGAACCUUGUAGAUGAAUCCUGUUAUCAGGACAAAUCCCUACAAGUUUGGAAAGUCAAAAGUAAACAUGGUGAUGGGUCAAUUUAUCCUACCACUUUCUUUCUUGCUGAUCAGUUUCAAUCUCUUAACGUCUUCGCACGUGAGGAUGUUGUGUUGUGUUGUGUCUGUGUAGAUAUUCAGUUUUGGCCAGCUCGGGGCACGCUGCCACAAUAUGGUCAAUAGUUUCCUGAAAUUGACCACAAAUUCUGCACAUUGGGGCUGUACCAUCUUUUAGCAUCCUACUACGAUAGUGGUUGGUGUUGAUGGCCUGAUCUUGGGCAGCAAUGACAAAGCCGUCUGUUUCGGACUUAAGCCCAGCUUUCUUAAGCCAUUGGUUGGUCAUUUGAUGGUCCACAUCUUUCUGCUUUACGGUUUUUGGGUAUUGCCCAUACAUUGGUUUAUCUUCCCAUUUUUUUGUUUCAAUUGAUCUUGGGCAUGAAGCUUUGCUUUCUGUUUAACUUUUCUGGGAUAGACAGUUGGAGCUUCGUUCUCAGGUUCCAGUGUUUCAGAGAGGCUGAGCUCUCUUCUUAACAUUGUAGCCUGGCUAGGUACGGAGUACUUUUUCUUUGUUCUUUUUCUGUUUUAUUUUGUUUUGUUUUGUUUUUGUUUUUUUCAUGCUCUUUAGCAAUCACGAGAAGGGGGUCAUUUUUGGUGUUAAAGCAAGUAUCUAAGCGUACUGUAGCUGUUUUAUGGGCCGUUUCCAGUUGGAUCAGGCCCCUGUAACCCUCAUUUCUAGGAAGGUACAUUCUAUCCAUGUCAGCUUUUGGGUGUGGUGCGUCCUUUGUAAGGUCACUAAUUUUCUCGUUUUUCUAUCUAGUUGUCUGAUCUCUUCCAUUUUCCAGUCAACGAUGUUAAAGCUGUAAGCUACGAGUGGUUUGUUUAUGGCUUCCACUCUAUUAACUGCAUUGAGCUCAGAUUUUGUUACCAUUCGUAUUCUGCGAUAGUACUGCUUUCUAAUCUUUCCUUUCAUUUUGGCGUGUUGUAUCCCGUCCCCUUCAUUCACUCCCAGGUAUUUGUAUGUACCUUCUUGUUCCAAUUCUUGGAUGGUGGUGUCAAGCUCAGUUUGGAUGUCUUCCGAGGUGAAUGUCGUCAGUGAAACCUUUUACGAUGGUGAGAAGGCCAGUCUGUUCUUGGUCAUUUUUUUUCCAAAUGUUUUCAGGUCAUCCAUUUAGAAUAAGUGAUUGAUAGUACACGUACUUAGCUUCUAGUAUAACAAUGACUGGUGCUGUUGAGAAGAGCGGAUAGUGAAGCAAUGAUGAUGUUGAUCUGUCUUGAAUGUAGCGUCCCUUCUGCGUGGUUUAAGAUAAGGGUUGUUUUGCGGUGGGCCAUAUUUGCUGCUAGGAACUAGAUGAGGUUUGGUGAUAUUUUGUAGAUGUCAAGGCAUUUUAAUAUCCAGUCAUGGAGUACAGAGUCACACGCCUUUUUGUAAUCUAUCCAGGCUGUUGACAGAUUUUUUUUCUCUUUUUCUUUCUCAAUAAUGGUACUUGUUUAUUUAAAGCUGAUCUUUGCAGCCAUAGCUUCCUUUUCGACAGCCCUUUUGUUCAAUGGGUAGCAGGUGUUUUUUAUCAAGAUGUUAGUAAACUCUUUCUGUGAUGAUGGAUUUUAAUAUAUAUAAUUGGUUGUGGGAACGCAUGUGAUGGGGCGACAAUUGUUAGGAUUUUUAGUGUCUUCUUUUUUGGGAAGCAGAUAAGUGGUACCAGUUGUUAGCUAGCCAGGACAGAUUUCAGGAUUGCUGAGACAUUCAUUGUAAACAUUUGUCAGGUCCUGGUGUAAGGAAGGCAAGUUCUUGAUCCAGAAGUUUGCUAUCUCGUCCUUACCAGGAACUUUCUAGCUACUAGCUUUCUCAAUUGCUGUUUUUGUUUGUUCUAGGGUUAUUUGUGGCGAUACUUGAUGAUUGACUUCAGUAAUCGCAGUUUCUAUUUGGGUGAGCCAGUCAGCGUUUUUGUCGUAGCUCUUGUUUUUCGAAGAUGUUUCUCCAGAAGCUCUCUACUUCAUCAAUUUUGGGUGGUGCUUUGAUCUCAGUAGACUUUUCCCCUAGUUCUCUAUAAAAUGUCUUUGCAUUUUCUCUGUAAGUUUUGUUCUGGUGGAAAAACUUCCUUCUGUUUUCAAAUCGCCCAGUGAUUCUGUAACAGCAGAGGCAGUUGCAUACGCAAGAUGGUUGGUAUCUGUGAGAUAUUGCCGCAUAUUGCUCAUUGGUCUGGUUGCUGGCUUUGUUUGCUGUGUCACUCAUGUUUUAUUUUUGGAAUUGGCAGCCUCUUACUUAUUGGUGUUUCCUUGGCUAUUUCAUGUCUUUAUUUCAUGAUGUUCACAGACUUAUCUUGUGUAUCUAUGUUCAGUGGUUCUUGUGCAUCAGAUUCAUUAUUUUUGUCAUUUUCCUGAUUUUUAUUUGCAUUUUGCUUCUCUGGCGCUACACUCGUACCUCUUGUAAGAGGUGUAGUAUUUUGAUUUUUCUGCUUCACACUUUUCUGGAUGGCUUGCAGCUCCAUUUUGGUCAGUCGUUCGCUACUGGAAAUGUCACGACGGAAAUUUUCCAGUUUGUUGGCAUUUAAGUUGAGCCUCUUGGUGAUGUUAUUAGCGCGCAAUAUGUCGUAGGUGCCUUGAGUAAUAGAUGUUUUGGGAUUAAGGGAAGCAGUGUAAAAAGCUUCCAUGACUCCUCUGUACUCUUUCCUAGACUAUUCUUGUCGACUUGCUUUAGGGCAAUUGUGAGAUGGUGCAAUAUGAGGGCCACUUUCAGGGGUGUGGAAAUCCUCAGGUGCAUGAUGGGAAAUAGUUUGUUCCAGUAAUAGAUUUUUUGACUUCAGCCUGGUUCCCUACUGAGGGACGCGCCCCUUGUUUACCCGCACGACGACCGACCGAAUUUUUAUCCAUGACUUGCCACGUUUUAUCAUUAGUUGAGGUUGGUUUUUAUUCAGAAUGUCAUUCUCCCAGGUGGGCUGUCAACCAAGACUAAGGAGCCCCUCCUACCCCUAUGUUGUAACCCUAGCUGGGGUGGCUUAGGGGCUGCAGAUACUUGCUAAAGGUAUCACCCCAGACUCUGGUGGGUGGAAGCGUCCACAUUCCCGUGGUAUAGGUUAAGGCUCUAGCCUGUCCUACCCCCGUAAUAAAGGAUUAAAUUAACUGCAAAACUGUGGACGAAGAUCCUGUUAGUUGUAAACGUUGGAUCUCUAGAAAAGAGAUCUAAUCAGCCAAAAUAUAAAGAACCAAGAACGAGAAGUCCAAAGACUAGUACAAAGCUGAUUUAAUACAAAGUGUAUAGUUUUUUAUAACAAUAUUUCGGCUGGCCAUACCAGCCUUCUUCAGGUUUACAGAUGUUACUAAACUUAUGUAGCAAUCACAAUAUUAUAUAGACUGGAGUGGAGUGGUUAUAUAUCCCUUGGAGUGAUUAUAUAUCUUGGAGUGAGUGAGUCGCAGCAUUGGAUUGAACAGCUAUGAACAACAGCUCUGAACCCAACCCAGCCACUACAGACUCCCUGAUAAAGAAACUAAGCUACAAUUCAAAGAAAUCCACAUUUACGUGGCGAGGUUCCUUUGAUGAGUUGAAAAUCUUUUGCUUCGAACAUUUAGAAAUGGAUUCCACCACGAGCUCGAUAACUCAAAAUGAGCAAAGAAAAUCGAUAAAAGCAAAAUCCUUGACAGUGAAUUAUUACAGGACUGGGACGUUACAACUUCAAGGAAACAACGUUCAAUCAGCAAAGGAUAAACUUCCCGCAGCUAUGGACGGUGGUCAAACCAAUUGUGACCCGAACGAUGAAAGCGGAGUUUUUGUCACCGACCGCCAUGUUGUUGUGGACGACGACAAAUCACAAGUGGACACUCCUGAACUCUCAGAGACAUCCAGCAACGAAACGGACCACUUUAUGUAACCUAUCUCCCCUCAUUCUCUUGACGUAAAUAUUCUGAGUCUAAUUAACGAUCUAAGGACUGAGGUAACCAAACUUUGGAGCUGUGUGCAAUCGACGCAAAAUGCAAAUAACUCGAAGACUUUGCAAGAACUUGAUGCUGUCAAGAACGAGAACCACACCUUACAACAAGAAUUACAAGCCGCUAGAGUUCACUACACCGAGCUACAGAAAGAAUUAAAAGCUAUUCGAGAAGAAAGAGAUUCAUUGAAUCUAGCGCUUCAAAUAGUCUCCAAAGAUUUGUAUCACAAUUCAUUUGCCAAGCAACCCGACAACUCCCGCGUUGACACGGAGUACCAGGAUGCUCAAGAUUUUUUUUUUGGUGGGAAAAAAGAAGAAGACUGGUGACCAACAAAACCAGCCUUCGGCAGAGACAAACCUAGACGGGAGACAUUCGCAAUCCAAGACGUCGUCAUCAUGCCAAUUAAAUACAGAGCGAACAAAAGGAACUCAGGUGCUGGCCGUAGUACUCAACGCAAGCAUAGAGAGGUGUUCUUGGUUGGUGAUUCCAUCCUAAAGAACUUGUAAGGGAGGAAAAUGUCAAGUAGUGCUAAGGUCAAGAUUUUUCCUCUUUUCCAGGAUGUUCCACACAGGACAUGAGAGAUCACAUUAGACCUAUUUUACGGAAAAACCCGGACGAAACUGUACUUCACGUCGGUACCAAUAGUCUUCGCUCAUCCACAUCCGCGCGCGAAUGUGCUGAGGAGAUCGUUAAUUUAGCCCACAUGAUAAGCGACGAAUCUUCGGCUAAAUUGUCGAUUUCUAGCCUUGUGUCUAGAGCAGACAAGGAGGCCCUUGGUGUUAAAGUCUCUGGUGUAAACAAGAUACUAAGGAAAUUCUGUAAUCAAAAUUACUGGGGCUAUGUUGACCAUUCCAACAUCUCCGCCGACCACGACUUAAAUAGAAGCGGUCUCCACUUGAAUGCGAAAGGAACUGCUCGACUGGCUUCUAACUUUAUUAAAUUGUUAAAAUUAAGAGGAGAUUAGAAUACUGUCGAGCGGGAGUCCGACGAGGGUAUGCUUUCCAGGGAGUCCUGCAAGUACACUUUUAGUAAGGGUAAGCCAUCAAAUUUUUAAAUUCAUUCGGUCUUGGUUUUGUCUUGGCAUCGCUUAACAUAAACAGUUUACUCGCUCAUAUUGACGACCUUAGGAUAUUUGUGACUGAUUCCAAAAUUGAUAUACUAGCAAUCAAUGAGACAAAACUAGACAGUUCCAUUGGUGACUCCGAAAUAUCUCUACCAGGAUUGGAAGUCGUUAGGAGGGAUCGUCCGGUGAAUGGGAGAUGCGGUGGUGGUGUUUGUAUAUAUUUACGAAACAACAUAAAUUAUCAUGUACGGCAUGACUUAAGUGAUAACCAACUCGAAUGCCUUGUUAUCGAAAUUACUAGACCGCAUUCUAGACCCUUUUUAGUAAGUACGUGGUACCGACCUCCAAGUUCCUCACAGGACAUUUUUAGUCGAUUUGAAAUCCUGGUGGAUUUGAAAUCCUGUCGUUCAUCUUGGGAUUAGCGAUCACUCACUGGUUUUUAUGACUAUAAAAAUACGUUAUGAACGUGUUGGCACGCACCGUACUAUCGAAACUCGUGAUUACAAAAAAAUUGACAGCGACAAAUUUUUAAAUGACCUUGUUCAACAGCCAUGGGAUUUAAUUAGCUUAGAGCCAAAUCCAACUGCUAUGUGGGAUGCGUGGAAAACCCUGUUCAUGGAAAUUGUCGAUAAACAUGCCCCACUGAAAACAAAGCGGAUCUCAAAAAAGCAUUCUCCGUGGAUUACAUAUGACCUGAUGCGUAAAAUCUAUAAACGAAAUUGUUUAAAAAAGAAAGCUAUUAUUGAAAACAAUGCGGCUAGUUGGGAACAAUACAAGCAAGCGCGGAAUGAAACUAACAAUGCUGUCAAAUCAGCCAAACGUCAGUAUUUUUUGCACAACUUAGAGUUGAACAAAAAGAAUUCUUCCAAAACUUGGAAGCUAAUUAACGGACUGAGCUCGCGUAAAUCUUGCACAAACCGCAAUAUCACUGAAAUUAAAACAGAUAACGAAACUAUAAAUUCUGCGCCUGAAAUUGCGGAAGCUUUUAAUAACUUUUUCACAUCUAUUGGACCAAAUCUAGCCAGUAAAUUAUCACCUUCUAAUAUCGACCCUGAAAGUUAUUUACAGCCCACUAAAACAGCCUUCUCCUUAAGGGCUCUUAGUGUCACAACUGUGUGUGAGCUACUAAGUCAGCUCGACGAAAAGAAAGCCAUGGGAUUGGACGGAGUUCCUUGUAAACUUCUAAAAUUAGCCAGUUCCAUUAUUGGACCAUCAUUAACGAAAAUUUUUAAUAGCUGUAUAGAAACAGAAACCCUUCUAGAUGAAUGGAAAAUCGCCAAGGUGACUCCUAUCUUUAAAAAAGGAUCAAAAUCUGACCUGAAUAACUAUAGACCAAUUUCUGUAUUGCCAAUUGUCUCAAAGCUAUUCGAGAAAAUUAUCUAUCAACAACUCUACGAUUACCUAGAUAAAAACAAACUCUUGAAUACUUAUCAAUCCGGCUUUCGAUCGCUCCAUAGCACCAUGACGGCGCUACUUGAAUCAACGAACAACUGGUCUAUUAAUAUAGAUAACGGCCUUUUAAAUGGUGUGGUAUAUAUCGACCUUAAAAAGGCUUUUGACACCAUUGACCAUGCAAUUUUGUUACGUAAACUUGCAAACUAUGGACUUGAUCUGGGUUCCCUACGAUUCUUUGCCUCCUACCUAGGUAACAGGAGCCAGAAAUGUUAUGUUAAUGGCGUAUUGUCCAGUGCAAGCGAACUAAGAUGCGGAGUCCCACAGGGUAGUAUUCUCGGUCCUUUGUUCUUCUUAAUCUAUAUAAACGAUCUUCCAAACUGCCUUAAUUCAGCAUGCGCUAAAAUGUUCGCAGAUGAUACAACAAUUACCAUUUCUGGUUCCUCUCUAACUGACCUUGAACAAGAGACUAACCUAGAACUACUGAACCUUCACUGUUGGCUAAAAGCCAAUAAGCUUAGUCUUAAUGUUGCGAAAACCGAGUUUAUGGUUAUUGGCUCUCGCCAGAAGCUUCUUGCGGAAAGCCAUAACGAAAUAAACAUCAAACUAGAAGACCAAGUUAUCAGCAAUGUUGAUCACGCAAAAUCAUUAGGUCUCAUUAUCGACAAUCGGCUUUUUUCCUGGUCUAAUCAUGUUAACGAAUUGUGUAAGAAGGUAACUUCGGCUAUAGGUGCCCUUAGACGUAUCAGGCCCCUUAUCUCCCAAUCUACUACGGUACUAGUCUAUAACUCCUUAAUUCAACCUCACUUUGAUUACUGUAGCCUCGUUUGGGAUGGCUUAAGUGAUCAACUGAGUGACUAAUUACAAAAGUUACAAAACCGUGCAGCUAGAGUAAUUUUAAAGGCCAACUAUGGGACUAGCUCGAGCCUACUUCUUGAUAUACUCAAAUGGGACAAAUUAGUUAUAAGGAGAAAGAGGCAUAAAGCAAUAAUGAUGUUUAAAUCUCUAAAUGAACAAGCUCCAGUGUACUUGCAGAACCUAUUUCACGAGUGAAGCACAGACUAUGAUUUGCGCAAUUCCUUUCAUAAAUUGACGUUGCCCAGGCCGCGUACUAACUACUUGAAACGAAGUUUCAGUUACAGCGAUGCUUUGUUGUGGAACUCUUUACCCGAAAAUGUGAGAGAAAUCAAAUCAGUGAGCAAAUUUAAAAAGCAAAUCAAUCAUCUAUUCGAGUCGUCGGACUCUCACUCGGCAGUCUUGUAAAACAGUAUGUCGAUAGUUUUUAGUCUAAUUAAUUGUAAUUAGAUUUUUACUCUAUUAUUACUGAAGAUUUUACCGAGUUUUAAAUAAAGAAUCUAGCUACCUAUCUACCUACCUACCUACCUACCUACCUACCUAGAUGGUGAAUUUCGCAAUAAAAAUUGUAAUAAAUACCCUUGUGCCCUAUCAUCAUCAUCAUCAGCAGCAGCAGCAUUAUCAUCGUCAUCAUCAUCAUCAUCAUCAUCAUCAUUAUUAUUAUUUUUAUUAUUUAUUCAUUAAUCUUUUUUGUUUUUUUUACUCUACUUUAUUUUAUUAGUAUAUUUCGGAAAAUAAACUUGCUUCUUGCUGAAAAUAGUGAAAAUUCAUAGAGCACCCAGCCUCGAAUAAGUGCUCACUCUCAAGGACAAAAAAUUCAAUGACUGCUCAGAGCGCUUGACUGAAUCAUCGCGUUAAGCUGAGAAGGGGCGGCCUUAAUCAGGACUCGCGAUAAGGGGUCUAACAUGCCUUUCUUUCUACAGUCUUCUUGUGACAGUUCGCCCUGUAAGAACACUGGCAAAUGCAUUCCCUUGUACCAGGAAAAUGGAUAUACGUGUAUCUGCGUGGAAGGAUUCACGGGACGAAACUGCGAAAAGAGUAAGCAAUACUAAGAAAUACUUUUUGUCGUUUCGCUCUUGUUUUGCUGCCCCUGUUUUGCUGUUCGAUUCAUAUUAAUGAAUUAAUGUACUACACAGGCUGAGUAUACAGUUUGCUUUGAUCAUGUCUCCCGCUUAUAUAGACGAGUGUAAGAGCAGUCCCUGUUUAAACAACGGAACAUGUACUGACCGAAUCAAUUCAUUCAGCUGCAAUUGCCCCCCAGGAUUUGUCGGGAAUCGAUGUGAAAGUGGUUAGAUUAGUCUUUAAGCUGAAAUUUUCCAUUGCUUAUCCUCUAUCAUAAACGAGUGUCCUUUUUUAAAGCGUCUUCCGAUAUUAUUGUGUUACAGACAUAGACGAGUGUAAGAGCAACCCUUGUCUCAACAACGGAACUUGCACUGACAGAGCCAACGGAUUCAACUGCAGUUGUCCAGCUGGAUUUGCUGGGAAGCGAUGUGAAAUAGGUGGGAAAAAGGAGUGAUAAAUAGAGCUGAAAAUUAUAAGUGUGGAUAUAUCAUGUGUAACUCAUGGGAAAAAAAAUGAACCAGUUGGUUGUAUUUGACAGGUUGUCAUCUACAUGUAUAAAUAGUCCAUUUCCGAGUUGUCCCAAGCCUCCGUUUCAAAGUGAGGCUAAGUACGAAGCCAUUGUCAUGAAAAUGAUUUCUUAUUCUCAUGCAAGUAAAACUCAUUUUCACAAGAGAGGUUUUGCACUAAGCCUCGUUUUGAAAACUAGAUAUUUUGGAACUCGGAGAUGGUCUAUUCUUUCCGUUUUUAGGUGUGGUGGUUAGAAAGCAAUUGUUUAAGAUAAUCACAACUGAGCUGUGCCUGAAGUUAAGUUCCGUUUACGUACACUGUUUAGCGUGUUAUCCCGACUUAACGCCGAUAAGAUAAUGUAUUAAAUCACGACGCCUUCUCGCGACCCUUCUGUCUUCGUGCCUUGCUGAGGGUUUCUUGCCAACUGAUUGCAUUUCAUCUUACUCUGUAGAGGUUAACGCGAAUCCUUUAAAGUUAUGGUAAAUCGGGCAUAACAUUGCUACAUGUACAAAGCGAGUUGAAAAGCGAUGUUGCACGUUUUGUACCUGUCUGUCCACCAUUAAAAGGUGUUUACGCAACACAAACAACUCAGUAACAACGUCUUUUAAAGGACCGCCUGAUCACAGUUUAACUUUAACUUAGCCCAAAUCUUGCUUACGUGUUAGUAAUACUUGUUGAGUCGUUACGAAUGUCGAAGGUCAGCAUAUGUUUCCUGUCUGCCUUGGACUUUUCCCAUGCCAAGUUUUCCUAGCUUAUCCAAGCUUAUCUUCAGAAUGGCUGUCUUAUUUUGUUUGAUUUGUAAGGAAAAGGACACAAGUUAAGGAUUCAGGUCUGGGUAAAAUUCCCAACAACUUUCUUUAUUGACUAGAUGCUUAUUUGAAAGUGCGUACCGUCAAUUUUAUAUCAUGGUCCUGCACCGGCAGAAUUGUGUGCAUUCUUUACUCUGAAAUUGAUUUUCUUCCUUAAGUGCUCAUAUAAACAAGGUUAACACGAUCUGGUUGAUGGGCGUCUUUUCGCGGCCUGCGCAUACUUAAAAAAGUGAUUUUAUCCCUGGAAAAGUUGCGACACGUCUUUGCCAUGUUUCGCCCAAAUGCAGCUCGCCUGAAUGAGGACUCCACCCGAUAUAAACUAGUGUGAAACCAAUUCUUAUUUUCUGUUUCACCUUUAGAUGUUAUCUCAACUGUGGUAACACAGUUUCUUUCGCCUGCGAUUGGGAAUAACAGCAGCUGGGCUCUGUGUUGGCAGGCCUCCACUCAUGGCUGGGCUGGCACUACCUUCCACAACAAAUGCGAUGGGAAACGUCACACGAUUACAAUCAUCAAAAAAGAUCAGUACGUGUUUGGAGGAUACACUGAUAUUCCUUGGAGUAAGAAAAACGUCCUUUUAGUCACUGAAAUUGAGAAUAGGACAUGCCGCUUGUAUAGCGCGUUUGUAUUGUGGUUUAUGGUCUAUAGUCACUGUACUCUUCUAAUCCAGUGCUACAAAUACCUGAAAAAUGUCUUCCCUUCUUGCUACCUCCAUCGUCAGUUGAAUCAAUGAAAAUAACCAAUGUGACAGUCCUGAUCUGUUUACUUCAGCAAGAAAGAAAGUGGUAGGAUAAAUUGACCCAUCACCAUGUUUACUUUUGACUUUCCAAACUUGUAGGGAUUUGUCCUGAUAACUGGAUUCAUCUACAAGGUUCCUGCUACCAAUUCUCGUCAAAGAGUUUGAGCUGGACCGCUGCAAAAUCUGCCUGUGAAGCUAAGGGGUCUAAGCUCGCCAUGGUGACAUCACAAGCCGAACAACAAGCACUUGUCUCGAAAGUAUCACAAAAUGUAUGGAUUGGUUUGCGGAGGGACCCCAAGGUCCAUUCACGUUGGUUGUGGGUUGAUGGGUCAAGAGCGACAUAUACUCACUGGCAUCCUGGAGAACCGAACGACCAUGGAGGUAAUGAGGACUGCACACAUAUGUUUCCUCCUGCCGGAAAAUGGAAUGAUGGUCCAUGUUCCAGCAGUCUUCAACACCUUUGUGAAACCAAUGGUAGGCGGCGGAUAAUUGUGUGCUUAAUAUUGUUAAGUUAUUAUAUAGUUACAUAAACGCGCACAUGUAUGACUGUGGGAAGCGUACAAUGCAAAGCGUUUUAUCCUUGUAUUUUUUUAUUUACGUUAAUGAUCCCAAAAAUUAAAGUAAAAAAAAAUGGAACAGGCUAAAUAUCCAACGCGCAGUCGUGGAAUAAUUGUUAAAUAUUCUAAAGGGGGUUACGUCACGUUUCCUUUUGUUAUUGCUUUUCAGCGUUCCUGGAUGGAUACGGUUCGACUUCCACAUCGUUUAUCUUCUCUCUCCUGGAUAAAGAAGGGCUUGCACCAUUUAAGAGCAUGGUGACGAAUACAUCAUUUGCAAUUUACCGUGGGUCAAGUUACGGUCCAACAUUUGGUAGGGAGUAUGACUUCUACAUUGCUGAUAAUGCCAAUCAGAAUACUAAUUCCUACACUAAUUUUGGCAGCUCUUACUCUCUUCCAAAUAACGUUACAGACCGUUAUACAAUCCUGGCUGGAGCCCGUUACUUCUCACCUGACGAAGUUGAGGUAUUUUACCUCACUUGA